AUGGUCCGCCUUAAACAUCGUUAUCUCCUGGUAGACAUCCUGUACCCCCCGGCCUCCGUCGACGCUACGACACCAGCAAAGUCGAAACACACACCCAACAAUGCGAAAGACAUCCACCUCCUCAUCCACCGCCCGACCACCGACACACUAACUCCACAGUCCCUUGCACGUGCCGUGCGCGAGCAUGUCGCGGAGAUGUUUGGUGACUGGGGCAUGGGCAGGCUGGGCGGCAGCAGCGCGGGGGGGGUUAGUGGUACGUGUGUUUUCCGUUAUAUAUAA